CCCUCCCAGGCUCAGGGAGGUGGAGGAGAGAGGGAAGGGUUAUGGGCUGAGCUGGAGCCAGCAUGAGACAGCGGAUUCCUCUCCAGCAGCAUCAUGCAGUACUUACAGUGAGCAGCAUCCAUUCCUGCUGUACCAGGGACCAAGCCUCAUCCCUUGUCUCUAGCAGCGUUCCCACCCAUCCAUCUCCAGCAUCUCCAUAUAACAGGGAAGGAAGGUUUUUGUGAUGCCCCCAAAAAGAAAAGUUUCAAAAGAGAAAAAAGAUCUGAAGAAGCCAGAGAGUACAGCGGCGGCAGCCGGCGGCAGCCAGGACAAAGCAGCAAAGCCACAAGACAAAGUAGGUCGGGUUGUGCCAGCAAAGCGUCCGGGAAGACGUCUCAAAGAGGAGGUCUCAGAGUCACCUGCAACUACACAGUCUAGUGUUCCGCAGACCGCUGUGCCUGAUAAACUACAGGAAUCCAUAAUGUCUGACAAGAGUGACCUGAAAGCUGAACUAGAAAGGAAGAAGCAACGUUUGGCCCAGAUACGAGAAGAGAAGAAACGGAAGGAGGAGGAAAGGAAGAAGAAGGAGGUUUGUGAGGCCGAACAGCAGCAGAAGACAGAACCAAUCCAUGAGGAUACUGACCUUGACCGCAAAAGACGGGAGACAGAAGCGUUACUGCAGAGCAUCGGGAUCUCCCCAGAGCCGCCUUUAGUUCCAACCCCCGUGUCUCCCUCGUCGAAAUCAGUGAGCACUCCCAGUGAGGCCGGCAGCCAGGACUCAGUGGAUGGCACAAUAAUGGGACGGAAUAUUCAGAGUGGCCUCCUGGGGACCCUGCAGUGGGAUACUGAUCCUUCCGUAUUACAGCUCCAUUCAGAGUCUGAACUCGGGAGGAGACUUAUUAAACUUGGAGUCUCAAAGAUCACACAGGUUGAUUUCCUGCCUCGGGAAGUUGUGUCAUAUUCAAAAGAGACGCAGACGCCAGUGACUACGCAUCAGACUGAAGAGGAGGAAGAGGAUGAGGAAAUGGUGGAACUUAAAACAGACCAUGACUCUGAAUUUGAAAAUCAAGAGGAAAAGCAAGAUUCAAAAGAAGCCCCUCCGAGAGAGCUGACCGAGGAAGAAAAACAGCAAGCCGUCCACUCGGAGGAGUUUUUGAUCUUUUUUGAUCGCACCAUCCGUGUCAUCGAGAGAGCUCUGGCCGAAGACUCGAAUAUAUUUUUUGACUACAGCGGGAGAGAUCUGGAAGAUAAAGAAGGGGACAUUCAAGCUGGCGCCAAUCUGUCAUUUAAUCGUCAGUUCUAUGAUGAACAUUGGUCCAAGCAUCGUGUGGUUACGUGUCUGGACUGGUCUCUGCAGUAUCCAGAGCUGAUGGUGGCGUCUUAUAAUAAUAAUGAGGACGCCCCUCACGAACCUGACGGUGUCACCUUAGUGUGGAACAUGAAGUUCAAGAAAACGACGCCGGAAUAUGUAUUUCAUUGUCAGUCUUCGGUGAUGUCUGUCUGCUUUGCUCGGUUUCAUCCAAACCUGGUGAUUGGAGGAACAUACUCUGGACAGAUCGUCCUCUGGGAUAAUCGUAGUCACAGGCGGACUCCAGUUCAAAGGACGCCACUUUCUGCCGCAGCGCACACCCAUCCCAUCUACUGUGUGAAUGUAGUUGGAACACAGAAUGCUCACAACCUUAUUACGGUUUCAACGGACGGGAAAUUAUGUUCCUGGAAUUUGGAUAUGCUCUCAACACCACAGGAAAGUAUGGAGCUAGUCUACAAUAAAUCCAAACCAGUAGCGGUUACUGGGAUGGCUUUUCCUACAGGAGAUGUCAACAAUUUUGUAGUAGGUAGUGAAGAGGGGACGGUAUACACAGCUUGCCGCCAUGGAAGCAAAGCCGGCAUCAGUGAAGUUUUUGAGGGUCACCAGGGACCAGUAACAGGAAUCAACUGCCACAGUGCAGUAGGGCCUAUCGACUUCUCCCAUCUGUUCCUGACGUCAUCCUUCGACUGGACGGUCAAGCUCUGGACUACCAAGCACAACAAGCCGCUCUACUCCUUUGAAGACAAUGCAGACUAUGUCUACGACGUCAUGUGGUCGCCGCUGCAUCCAGCUCUCUUUGCCUGUGUGGACGGGAUGGGGCGCUUGGAUCUGUGGAACCUGAAUAAUGACACAGAGGUCCCUACAGCAAGCACAACAGUGGAAGGAGCGUCCGCUCUAAACCGGGUGCGUUGGGCUCAGAGUGGCCGCGAGGUGGCUGUGGGAGAUUCUGAAGGCCGAAUCUGGAUAUAUGAUGUUGGAGAGUUUGCUGUUCCACACAGUGACGAAUGGGGCCGCCUUGCCCACACCCUGGUGGAGAUCCGUGCCAACCGAGGAGAUGGUGAAGAGGAGGCUGUGGAACUGUCUACCUGACAGGCAGAUGUGCGGCAGUACCACGCACAGUAUUUAUUCCUAGCUGAAUGUACCAGUAUCUCCAUAUAUUCCCUGUGACAUUACAAAGUGACUGUCUAGCUUCAGCUGCAGCUUUAUGUGUAACCAGCCUGGUGGAGACUCCCUGGCCUCUCUUUAUGCAGACACUCUUUAUGCGGUCUCCUGCCCUGAGACUCCCUGGCCUCUCUUUAUGCAGACACUCUCUAUGCGGUCUCCUGCCCUGAGACUCCCUGGCCUCUCUUUAUUCAGACACUCUCUAUGCGGUCUCCUGCCCUGAGGCUCCCUGGCCUCUCUUUAUGCAGACACACUCUAUACGGUCUCCUGCCCUGAGACUCCCUGGCCUCUCUUUAUGCAGACACUCUCUAUGCGGUCUCCUGCCCUGAGACUCCCUGGCCUCUCUUUAUGCAGACACUCUCUAUGCGGUCUCCUGCCCUGAGACUCCCUGGCCUCUCUUUAUGCAGACACUCUCUAUGCGGUCUCCUGCCCUGAGACUCCCUGGCCUCUCUUUAUGCAGACACUCUCUAUGCGGUCUCCUGCCCUGAGGCUCCCUGGCCUCUCUUUAUGCAGACACUCUCUAUGCGGUCUCCUGCCCUGAGACUCCCUGGCCUCUCUUUAUGCAGACACUAUGCGGUCUCCUGCCCUGAGACUCCAUGGCCUCUCUUUAUGCAGACACUAUGCGGUCUCCUGCCCCUGAGGCUCCCUGGCCUCUCUUUAUGCAGACACUCUCUGGGGGCCAGUCCGAGUUGAUCGUUCACUGCCGUUUUUCGCAGCGAUCAGGUGAAAAAACUGCAUUUCUGCGCAUGCGUAUGCCCCGCAAUGCGCUUGCACGACGUACUGGUACAAACCUCUUUGUGGUUGUGCGCACUGGCGGCCGCAAGAAGAUUGACAGGAAGGGGGCGUUACUAGGUGUCAACUGGCCGUUUUCAGGGAGUGUCUGAAAAAACGCAGGCGUGGCUGGGCGUUCGCUGGGCGGGUGUAUGACGUCAAAUCCGGACACGAAUAGGCAGAAGUGAUCGCAAGCGCAGAGUAGGUUCAGAGCUACUCUGAAACUGCACAAACUGUUUUUGUAGAGCUCGGCUGCACAUGCGUUCGCACUUCUGCUAAGCUAAAAUACACUCCCCAGUGGGCGGCGGCAUAGCGUUUGCACGGCUACUAAAUCUAGCUAGCGAGCGAUCAACUCGGAAUGACCCCCCCUAUGCGGUCUCCUGCCCUGAGGCUCCCUGGCCUCUCUUUAUGCAGACACUCUCUGCCUUUCCCUGAUCUACACACAACUCACGGCCUCCCAGUGUUUUUAUUUAGUACAUCAGAGCUAACACCACAGUUAUUUCUUGAUAAAAUACAAGAUCACAUAAAUCCUCAAAGGAUUGUUCCACACAGCAGCCGCCUGACUUAUGAGCCGGCCCGGUCAGACCCGAGGACUUUAUGUACUUACAAAGUGCGGCCCUUCAGACACUAUAAUUUAAUUAGAAGAUGGCGGCUCCCACUGGGAGACUAACCAGACACGGCUGCAAGUGAAGACCAUCAAAUGGGAGGUGACAAAGAAGUGAAAGGAUGCUGAGCCUUAAAGUUCUUUACGAAAGUGCUCCAGAAUUAUUUGAGAGGAAGAUGUGACAGAGAGGAAAUUUUUAUUUGUACAUCAGACUUGAAGCCACCCUAAAAUGUCAGAUUUUGAUUUAUAUAAUAACCGGACCAAAAAUAACAAGUGCUCACAUUAUGUAAUGCUUAGUCUUUAUUUACACACCGUAUUUGUGUGAGGCUAUUGCUGGCUUCUUUUCAGAUUUUAUGUCAAGGAUUAUGUCUUUUUAACAAAUAUAGACCCAAAUUAGGUCUAGUUUUUACUUUUAGGAUUUUUUUAUUUUUUAUUUGGACUUUGUAUCUGUAUUAUAGAUUGUCAAAUUAGUCUAUUGGAGACUAGCUUACCUCCCUUUGUGUCCCAAUGUCCACUGCUUAAGCAAUGUUCAGUGUGGAUAAGAGAGGUGGUAGGGUGGAGAAAGCAACGCAUAUAUAUGUGAUAGAGGGGUGCUAGACAACCUAAAGGGUAUAUGUGUUGAGGUCAAAAUAUGCUUUGUGCAUGUUAGUUUAAGAGAGCGGGGGCGGGGCCACCAGAACGGAAGAACUCCGCCUCUCAUGGCCACUGCCAGCUCUGCAGUGAGGUGAUUGGCUGGUGUGUGCAUACAGUCUGCUAAAGCCCUCCCCCAAGGAGAUCAGAUUUAUUUAUUUAGAUUGCAGUGGAGAGUCGGAUGCACUUAUUAUCUUUAUAGGUCACAUAAACCCAUCAGUUUACAUAGAUCAGUACAGAAAUCUUUUGUCCGUGCUUAUCGGCUCUGUAGCUUUUGUGUGCCCUGUUACUUCGUUUCAAGCACCUGUAGUGCUUCUAAAUCAAAACAGGUGGAGAGCUGGCGCAGGUAUUAUAAAUCAGUACACAUGACUCGCUGGCCCGGACCAAUUUAGGAAAACCACAUUUGUACACAGAGAGGUCAGGUGACUUUCAUGUUUCUAAAACUCUGGGUACAUAAUCUAUAGGAACAUCAAUACAUCAUAUUUCUUGCAGUCUGCUUCAGGGAACCUGUGUAAUUAAAAUAAAUGAUUCUUUACCAUGA